GUAAACAAGACACCUUUUUUCGGAGUAUUGCCUAUGCACGACAGUUGUUGCGUCAGAUUAAGAUUGUAUUUGUUUUUUGACGGUUUUCUGACGUGUCGAGUUGAUAUUGGAGAGGUCUGAAACUGACAUACACUUGUAGUACAUACGAGACAAGAUUAUAACAGUUGUUCCUAUAGAUUCUUUACCUUACUAUGUUUGGUUAUGUUAUACCAUUAUUAUAUCAUAGGAGAAUAUCUGAGUGUCACAUCACAUUCAAAGAGGACUAGGCAUCCGGUAUAGGGCAUUUUACUAUUCAGCGCAUAUUAUUCUUUUUAUAUUAACCUAUAAGUUGCAAGUUACAAAAUAAAAAAAAAAAAAACAACUAAUUUUAUAUUGUUGAAAACACUUUUAAAAAUAGUGUUAGGUUAUUUUCUAUUUCAUUGUGUAAGAUAAAUCAGAUUAGGGACAAAUCUUUAUUUUGUAUAUCCAUAAGCUAAUUUGUUUAUUACCAAAGUCAACAUUCAUUGUACAGUGAUUGCCAUAGUAGUGGCGUUUAGGAGGCAAGAUUGAAAAAUGAAAGGAGAGCUCUUAAUUGUGGUUUUCUUAACUUUUACACUACAUUUAGUUGAACUCCAUGAAUCUAGAUUCUCUGUAGAGAAAGAAAACAAGCGAGAAGGAAAGAGGAAGUUUACACAUGAGUGGCAAGAAAUCGGAGAAGAUGAACCUAUUCCACCUGGACUCCAUGUUCGUAUAAAUUUGAGCACUCACAAGAAAGAAGUCAAACUUCUUGAUAAUGAUGAAACUGAGACACCAACGUCAGUUUCUGUAGUUGAGAAAACAAGCACAUUCACUGAUCAAGAAGGUGAAAAUUCUGAUUUGGAAAAGAGGUUAAAAAACAUACCAGCUGAGGAUAUACAACCAACCCUCGAGGAAAUAGAUGAAGUUAAGAAAAAAUAUCGACCGUAUGAAGAAUUAAAAAAAGAGUUUGAAAGUCUAAAAAUGUCUGUGAAAACUGAUCUAGAGGUGAUGGAUGAAUUAUUCGCCAGCUACCAAAAGGUAAUGGAGAAGCGAAAAACUCAUACAAUGGAAGAGCUUGGUAACUUGAACACUCUGUCUCCACUAGAAGAGAGCCAUCUGAGUAUCCUGACAGACUUGGAGUAUAUGGUACAUCAGGUGGACAAUGCACGGGAGUUUGUGCUCAGUGGAGGGCUAAAUCUGAUCGUGUACCCAUCUCUUAACUCCAGCUCGUCAGUGAUCCGUUCAGAGGCUGCCCGCUUACUUGGCUCUGCUGUACAGAACAAUGCAGCCUCCCAAAUCAAGGCCCUGGAGAGUGGAGCAGUGGGUACUAUAUUGCGGGUGCUGGCCCUGGACACAGCAGCUAAUGUACGCUCGUCAGCACUUUACGCCUUAGGCUGUCUGGUGCGGAGGUUCCCUCUAGCUCAACGUCAGUUUGUGGACCAAGGUGGCCUUGCUGUACUCGUAUCACUCUUUGAUGGCGAUUCAGGCGAGCAGUUAAAAUUACAGGUGAAAGUGGUGACUUUCAUUGACGAUCUAAUUGUUGAGAGACAAGACGCUAAGAUGACACAGCUGGAGGUUUUGUCCAAUAAUGAAACCUCUGCAGAGAAGAAGGAAGCAGAGGAAAGGUUAAAGCAGUACAAGCAAGUCGAACUAGAGAAGACUUUGCAGGAAAAAGAAUGGUGCCAGCAUCUGGUGAAACUGUUGAAGCGUGAGUUGCUCAGUAAGAGUAUGCUGGACGUGGAGGACGUGUACUCAGUGCACAGUCCUGACCUGGAUGUGGUGGAGAAACUGACAAGAGCGAUGGUUUCCUUGGUCGAGCCCUGUAGACAGGAGUUCCUGGCUGACCCCCACGUGCAAAAGUUGAUACUGGGACUCAUCCAGUGGCUCAAAGGACUGGCACUGGGGGAAGUUGAUGAGACUGACGGAGAUGGCUACUACAGAGGGCUGGCAGAGCAAGUCAAGUUGCUGGGCUCUCAUCUUGGGUUCUUCCAUACCAAUCACCCAUAGUCAAUUUUAUUAACCUACACCACUUGCGUAGUGUAGAAACCAAAUGUUGACUGCUGUAUAUUAAUUUUUUAAUGAAGGUUUAAUUUUUUUAAGUUAUUUAUUCAAUUUGAUUGCAUAAUGUUCUUUUUGUAAAUUUGAUCAUUCAAUAAAUAAUUUGUGUAGGAAUUUUAAUAUCAUUGUAAAUAUCUAUUGUAUAUACUGUAUUUAAAAUAAAAAAUGUAUUUUGUAUUUUUGCUGUA